UGUAUGCCUUUUUUAAAAUGUUGUAACCUGUUUUGGAUGUGUAGUUUGGGUUAAUGGUAGGUUAUUGUUUUUGCUAGGGACUAAUACCUGCUAUUGAGACCAUAUUCCCUUUUGCUGAGCAUAGGUUCUGUGUUAGACACAUUCUAACCAACUUUAGGAAAACAUUCGAGGGAAAGGCCCUUAAGGACUUACUAUGGGCAUGUGCCAGGGCUCCAUACAGUCAGGGUUAUGACAAAUGUAUGACAGAAGCAAAAGAUAUCUCCCCUAGUGCUUAUGCUUAUCUACAUGGCAUAAAAAAAGGCAAGUGGACAAGGUCUCAGUUUAAUGAAUUUUUCAAGUGUGACAUCUUAUUGAAUAAUUUGAGUGAGAGUUUUAAUCAUGUUAUUCUAGAUGCUAGGACAAAAGGUAUCAUUACUAUAAAUGAGAUGAUUAGGACAAAGUUAAUGGUAAGAAUUCAACAAAAAAAAGAUAACAUGCUUAAGUUGGACAGUUUGUAUUGUCGAAAGCCUUUGAAAAAGUUUGAGAAGGGAAGGCAGAUGAGUUGGUUCUACAAGACAAUUUGGUCAGGAGGGCAAACUUAUCAGGUUUUUGGAUUUGAUGGUCAGUUUGUGGUGGAUAAGGGGCAGCUUACAUGUACCUGUAGGAGGUGGCAAUUGACAGGCAUACCAUGUCACCAUGCAAUUGCAGCUUUCAAUGAGAAUAAAGACAUCCCACAGAACUAUCUACAUGACUGCUAUAAGGUUUCCACAUACCUUAGAACCUACAACCAUCUGCUAUCACCAAUCAAUGGGAUGGAACUUUGGCCCAAAAGUGAUCACCCACCAAUAAUUCCUCCAAAGGCAGUGAAUUUCAGGACAGGUAAAAAGCAACUCCUACAAAGAAAGGAAGAUGAUGAGCUGCAAAGGCCUUCUGGCAUAGUUAAUGGUAAAGAAUCAAAAAAGGGAGGCAUUUCAAAGUGUUCAUAUUGUGGUCUACGAGGGCACAACAAGAAAUUGCAUGAAAAGGAAGGUUCAGCUGGUGCUGGCUCAAGUAGAAGACCACUUGGACAUGUAGCUUCUGGCAUCCCUCCACCUGUUGCUGCUAGAGCUGAGCAGGAACCUGAUGCUCCCACAGAAGACAUGCCUCCUGAGCCUCAAGAGAUGGAUGUGCAAGAUGAAAGUUUCUAUGAGCCUCCUGCUCCUACUCAAGAUGAGCCAGAUGUAGCCACUCAAGACACUCCUCCACCUGCAGCCACUCAAGACAUGCCUCCUCCUGCUCCUACUCAAGAUGAGCCUGAGGUAACCUAGUUGUUUUUUACUUUA